AUGCCCGUGCAGAAGCAUGGAGAGCCAAAGGAGAAGUACGAGAUAAUGCGUAUUGGAGAUGCCAGAACGGAGUGUGUCUGCGCGGAUCCACGUAUUGAUCCCAACCCAGUAGGGUUGCCCACGUUCCUCCUCGUUCUCAAUCCUGUUUCUCGCGAUCACUGUGCGCUAUAUCCUAAGACAAUACAUUUCUCCUCCUCCCGUGUUGAGUCCUUGCGACAGACGACGUCCCCGUCGCUUCAUCCUUCCGUUGAGAGAGCAUCGGUUGAAAGGGGUUGGAAAUUCCGGCUCGUGGCAACACUCGUUCCUCCAGAAUUCUCUCCUGCCCCGUUUUCUUGCAACUCUCUGCUGUCUCGUUACUCCCAUUUCUUGGAUUCAGGGGAAGAGUUGGUGAUCCGAAGCUGCGCCCCGGAUUCCGGAACGUUGACCAUCGACACGGAAUUGGUUCGGAUGUCGCACUGUGGAAGCUUCAUUUUCGACGAGAGGUACGUGAAGGGAUGCUUACAGAGCUGUGAUAAUGCGGAUGGCUGCAACUUCGGAGCCCAGACCAACCAGCCCCAAUCCUGGACUUCCCUCUUCCUUCUCCUCUUUGCCAUGAAGGGAGCGGCUUAUUCCGUUCUGCCUCUCUAGCAAUAUUCUGCACCUCACUUCUUUUUACCGAUUUCACUAACCAAACCGAUAGUCGAUCUAACUGCCUAUAUCCCUAUCUUGUCCGAAUAAAAGACUCGAUGAAAUGAGCCC